CCUCCAUCGCGACAUAUUAUCAGAGUUCGUCGCUGCGGACUGGGGCCUACAUGAUGAUUGUUACGAUUAUCAGAACUGUCCAUGUUGUUUCGUAUACUUUCUAAAGUUAACUUUCAUAAGAUUACUCUGGAUGGAUGAUUAUGACUAUCGCUAUAUUUAGAAGACAUUAAUACAACGAAAAGAAAUUUCCAAUGGCUCGCGUUCAGCUCCAAGAAUCAAAAGGUAAAACCAAAACUGAAGUGUGAUUUCUGGAUGAUAUCAUAUUCAUGGUAGUAAAGAGAAUAUGGACCGUUAAAAUCGUCAAACAUUCGCAGCAUGUGGCCUCAGUGGGAGGCGACAGACGCUGGACACUGAGUCGCGAUAGAGACAAAAUGAACUCAAACCUCUUAGCCACACCUAUAAAAUGAAGAGAAAAUGGAGGAGGAAAAUAGGGGAAAAAUAAUAAUAAUCUCGCUGGCGGGAAAUGGCUUCUUAUACCGUUAUCCUCCGUCAGUUGGGAAAUCGGGUAGGACAGUACCUCAAGCUGGCGCCCUCGACGGGAGUCGGUGUUACGAGAUUAGGGUUUUCGACCGACACGAAGGUCGAUCACGACAACGGCGAUGAUUCGAAAAUGCAGGAUUUCUUGGAUUACAUGGAGAAUCUGAAGAAUUACGAGAGAAUGGGCGUGCCGAAAGGCGGUGGAACGGACUCAGAAGACGGGUUCGAUUUGGGGCGGAUGAGGCGUUUGAUGGAAUGCCUCGGAAACCCUCAUUCCAAUUUCAAGGCUGUGCACAUUGCUGGCACGAAAGGAAAAGGAUCAACUGCAGCAUUCCUCUCUAACAUUCUACGGGAAGAAGGCUAUUCUGUUGGUUGUUACACAAGCCCUCAUCUUUGGUCUAUCAGAGAACGCAUUUCGUUGGGGAGAAGUGGAGAUGUUGUGUCGGCCGAAGCAUUGAAUAGUCAUUUCCUCCAAGUUAAGGAAAUUCUUGACCAAUCAAUUGAAUUGGAGAAUGGAACUCUCAGUCAUUUUGAGGUUCUCACUGCUCUGGCAUUUUCUCUAUUCGCUCAAGAGAAUGUGGAUAUUGCAGUUAUUGAGGCUGGCUUGGGGGGAGCACGAGAUGCAACAAAUGUCUUACGUAGCACCGAACUUGCUGCAGCAGUUAUUACAACCAUAGGUGAGGAACAUUUGGCUGCACUGGGAGGUUCUUUAGAAAGCAUUGCAAUGGCAAAGUCGGGAAUCAUCAAACAUGGGCGCCCAUUGGUGAUGGGAGGGCCUUUCAAACCACACAUUGAGCGCAUUCUCCGCCACAAAGCAUCCUUAAUGAGUUCGCCUGUUAUAUCUGCAUGUGAUCCUGGAAUUCAAAGCAUUAUAAAAGAUUUCAAAAGAAAUGUAGACGAAUCUUUUCAGUCCUGUGAUAUACACAUUCAAGUGGAGAAGGACAUGCAGUUGUUCAUUGAACUAUUCAAUGUGAAAUUGCACAUGCUUGGAGAUCACCAGCUUCAAAAUGCUAUAACUGCCACUUGCUCAGCACUCUGUCUCCGUGAUCAAGGGUGGAGAGUAUCAGAAAAAUCCAUCCGUGCUGGCUUAGAGCAUACAUAUUUGCCCGGAAGAAGCCAAUUUCUGACCAGAAAGGAAGCUGAGACUGUGGGGCUUUCUGGAGUAUCAGUACUAAUAGAUGGAGCGCACACAGAAGCAUCUGCUAAAUGCUUAGCAGAUAUUAUUAAGAUGGCAUACCCAGAUGCACCGCUGGUUCUGGUGGUAGCAAUGGCUUGUGACAAGGAUCAUUUAGCAUUUGCAAGACAACUUCUUUCAGGUAGACGGCCAGAGGUUAUCAUGCUGACAGAAGUGAGCAUUGCAGGAAGCAAAACUCGCACGACUUCAGCUUCCUCAUUGAAGGAAGCUUGGGUCCAAGCUGCUGAAGAAUUGGGUGUAGAUUUUUCAGAUAUCGGUGUGGGAGGACAUGAGAAGCUUCUCGACGAUCAACGGAGUUGCUCCACAGGGCCGUUGAAAUGUAACCCAGUAUUGAUGAUCAGAUGCGAAAUGGCAUCAGUAACAGAUUCCAUGAAGGUUGCAAAUCAGUUGCUCAAAUCAAGAGCUAAGGAUCAGUCGGGUCUUAUUGUUGUCACUGGUUCUCUACAUAUAGUUUCAUCGGUACUAGCUUCUCUUAACAGUUAGAUUACAUGUUAGUAUGGCGGAUUAGGUGAACGCUUAUUUAGUGGUAAUUUGCAUGGAAAUCUUCCUAUAUUCCAGUCA